GUCUCGAAUCAAGACCUGCUCAUUGUGAGUCGCCGCUAGUUGGCGAUCGGUCGACUCUCGAGUUUGCACCAUGCUGAGGCUCUUUCUGUGCGGAUUUAUCUUGCUAUUCGCUCUGCAAAUCAAUGCUGAUGCCGUAUACGGGCACUACUCGGUGGUUGCGCCUGGCACCAUCCGAUCCAACGCCAAGUACACGGUGUCCGUUGCCGUCCACAAGGCAGAUGAUCCCACUCGGAUAAAAGUCAGUCUGAAUGGACCAUCCUACAAUGAGACCAAGGAAUUCGAGUUGUUCCCCAUGAGCUCCAGGAACGUGGAGUUUGAGGUGCCCAAACUGGCCAGCGGCGACUACAACCUCACUGCUGAGGGAAUAAGUGGUAUUGUGUUCAAGAACUCGACCAAACUGAAUUAUGCGGAUGAGAAGCCUUCGACCUUUAUUCAAACUGAUAAGGCCACCUACAAGCCCGCUGAUCUCGUGCAGUUCCGUAUCCUCUUCCUGGACGAGAACACUCGACCCGCCACGAUUGACAAGCCAAUAUCCGUUGUAAUCACCGACGGAGCCCAGAACAGGAUUAAGCAGUUUAGUGAUGUGAAGCUGACCAAGGGUGUCUACUCCGGGGAGCUCCAGUUGUCGGAGCAACCUGUUCUGGGUACCUGGAAGAUAUCCGUCAGCGUUGAUGGUGAUAACAGGGAGACCAAGUCCUUCGAUGUGGACAAGUAUGUCCUGCCGAAAUUCGAGGUCACCGUGGACACAGCCAAGGAUGUGGUCCAAGCAGAUAAUGUGAUCAGGGCCACAAUUCGCGCUAAAUACACAUACGGAAAACCAGUCAAGGGCAAGGCGACAGUUACGAUGGAACAGAACUACGGAUACUACGGAGAUUCUGAAGCUAACAAACAGGAAAAGACCAUCGACAUCGAUGGGAAGGGUCAUGUAGAGUUUGAUCUCAACGGGCUCCGAAGCAGCCAGUACUCACCCCCUAUGAAACUCUUUGCCAUUGUCACCGAGGAACUGACAGGCAACAAACAGAACGCCUCCGCUACAGUGCGUCUCCACCAGCAGCGGUAUAAUAUAGAAAAUUUGGAAAGACCCGACCAUUAUCAUAGCAAGAAGUCGUUUAUCUAUAAGGUUGUGGUGAAAAACGUAGAUGGGUCUCCGGUCACGGGCACCACGAAAAAGGCCAAGAUAACCUUUCAGAAUGAGUAUCGCUAUUGGACACAGCCUUCCUCCGAGUCAGGCAUCACUUUUGAGGCUCCUGUAGACGAGAAAGGCAUCGCCACGUUUAAUGUUACGCUGCCCGAUAAUGAUACCAGAUUUUACCGUGUUGUUGCCAGUUUCGAUGGCUCAGAGAACCACGUUGGAACCAUGUCAAAGUUCCAGCCAGAGUUGGACAGAAAUGAACCCCUUAAGAUUCAGGUGAACACGAAAACGCCAAGACUGGGCCAGAAAGUUUCUUUCGAUGUUAUAUCCAACGAAGGCAUGUCCUACUUUGUUUACACUAUUGUGGGCAGAGGUAAUAUUCUGGAAAGUAAUAUUAUGUAUGUGCCAACGGGUCUUGAUAGGAUUACUGUCAAGUUUGAACCAACGUUUAGCAUGGUGCCCAAGGCAACGAUCUAUGUUUACUACGUCUUGAACGAUGAGUUUCACUUCGAAGAGAAAUCCAUUGACUUUGAGAAAGAUUUCCUUAACUCGAUUGAAAUUUCGGCUCCAGUGGGCGCCAAGCCCAGUGAAGAGGUCAAGUUACAGGUUAAAACGAAUUACGACUCCUUUGUGGGCCUCCUGGGUGUGGAUCAGAGUGUCUUGCUGCUCAAGUCGGGAAACGAUCUAAGCCAAGAUGAAAUCUUCAACAGCUUCAACAAGUACCAGACAUCGACACCCUGGCAACGUGGUUAUGGACGGUAUCCUGGACAGAGCUCCGGAUUGGUGACCCUAACCAACGCCCACUAUCCCUUCAGCACUGGUGUCCGCGUGUACAGCUUUUAUCCUGGAGAAGUGAUGUCAUAUCGAAUGGGUCCUCCAAUGCUGGCCAUGAACUCCGAUUUUGCUUAUCGAAGUUUUCCGGGAGCUGCAGGGGCUUCUAUUAGCUUAAACAGUGUAUUUUCGAGUCGGGCUCGUUCAAAGCCAACUGCACCACCAGCAACAAUCCGGAGAGAGUUUCCAGAAACUUGGAUUUUUGAAAAUGUGGAUGGCGAAGGUUUCACCCUGACCAAGAAGAUUCCGGAUACAAUUACCUCGUGGGUGGUGACGGGAUUCUCCCUGAACCCCUUAACCGGUAUUGCUUUGACCAAGAACCCCAGCAAGAUUCGAGUGUUCCAGCCCUUUUUCGUGUCCACCAAUCUGCCGUAUUCCGUUAAGCGAGGCGAGGUAAUUGCCAUUCCGGUGGUGAUAUUCAACUACCUGGACAAGGCCCUCGAUGCAGACGUAGUUAUGGACAACUCAGACCAGGAGUACGAGUUUACCGAGGCCACCAAUGAGGUGUUGGAGAAGGCGAUCGAUGAGGUGCGCCGGGUCAAGAGGGUCACGAUUCCAGCCAACAGUGGCAAGAGUGUGUCAUUUAUGAUCCGCCCGAAGAACGUGGGAUCCACAACCCUGAAAAUCACGGCCACCUCUCCCUUGGCCGGCGACACCAUCCACCAGAAACUGAAGGUAGAGCCGGAGGGCGUAACCCAGUUCGAGAACCGGGCAGUCUUCAUCAAUCUUAAAGAUCAGCCGGAGUUGUCGCAGUCGCUGGAAGCCGAGAUUCCCAGCGAAGUGGUACCUCAGUCUGAAUUCAUUGAGUUCUCUGUGGUGGGUGAUCUGCUGGGACCCACGCUCCAGAACCUCGACAAUCUGGUGCGCAUGCCCUACGGUUGCGGAGAGCAAAACAUGGUCAACUUUGUGCCCAACAUCCUGGUGUUGAAAUACCUGGAGGUCACUGGCAGAAAACUACCAGCCGUCGAGUCCAAGGCCAGGAAGUUCCUGGAGAUCGGCUAUCAGAGGGAACUGACCUACAAGCACAAUGAUGGCUCCUACAGUGCCUUUGGAAAGUCGGAUGCCUCUGGCAGCACCUGGCUCACCGCCUACGUGAUGCGGUCCUUCCAUCAAGCGGGAACCUACACGGAUGUUGAUCCCAAGGUUGUGGUUGCAGGUCUCGAUUUCCUCGUUUCCAAGCAGAAGGAGAGUGGCGAAUUCCCGGAGGUGGGAAAACUCUUUGACAAUGCCAACCAGAAUGCCCUGGGUCUCACUUCGUUCGUACUACUGGCCUUCUUCGAGAAUCAUGAACUCUUGUCGAAAUACCAGUCGGCUGUUGAGAAGGCAGUUCAGUAUGUGGCCGAGGAGACCGACAAGACGGACGACCAGUAUUCCCUGGCCAUUGCCGCCGUUGCCCUGCAACUAGCCAAGCAUCCGCAAGCGGAGAAGGUCCUGGCCAAGUUGGAGAACGUGGCCCGAAACGAAAACGAUCGCAGGUGGUGGUCCAAGGCUCCGGAGUCGACGGGAGAGGAGGGCAGAUUCUUCCACUGGAAGCCUCGCAGCAACGACGUGGAGAUCACCUCCUAUGUGCUGCUCGCUCUCCUCGAAAAGGAUGCGGCGGAGAAGUCGCUGCCCAUCAUGAAGUGGCUGAUCUCACAGCGAAACAGCAACGGAGGAUUCGCCUCCACCCAGGACACGGUGAUUGGACUGCAGGCCCUCACGAAGUUCGCCUACAAGACGGGUUCCGGUUCGGGCACCAUGGAUAUAGAGUUUGCUCCAGCGGGAGGAUCGAAAGACACGAUCAAGGUUAACCCUGAGAACUCACUUGUUCUGCAGACCCACGUCCUGCCCAAGGACACUCGCAAACUGGACUUCACAGCCAAGGGCACUGGAUCUGCGAUGGUCCAGCUAUCCUACCGCUACAACCUGGCUGAGAAGGACAAGAAGCCCAGCUUUAAGGUGACGCCCACGGUGAAGGACUCCGCGUCCAACCAACUGCUGGUGGUGGACAUCUGCGCCGAGUACGUGCCCUUGGAUGAGGCCGACAAGGAGAAGGACUCCAACAUGGCUGUCAUGGAGAUCGCGCUGCCCUCCGGAUUUGUCGGAGACGCCGACAGCUUGGGCAAAAUCGAAGCCGUGGAUCGAGUGAAGCGCGUCGAGACCAAGAACUCCGACUCCACGGUGAUCGUCUACUUCGACAGCCUGAGCCCCGGAGAUGUCCGGUGCCUGCCGGUGGAGGCCUCCAAGGCGCAUGCGGUGGCCAAGCAGAAGCCUGCCUCCGUUUCCCUGUACGACUACUACGACACGGAGCGCAAGGCCACCGAGUACUACACGGUGCAGUCGUCCCUCUGCGACAUCUGCGAGGGCAGCGACUGCGGAGAGGGCUGCAAGAAGGCCUAAGGGCUGGGGUGGAAGGAAUGUUUCUGAAAUCCAUCCAUAAUAGCUUCAAACUGUGUAAUCUUUGUAAAAAAGGACAAAAUAAAAUGCACAUUCCCUAUUCAUUUUA